AUGCAUUCUUUAUCGCAAAGAGCCAAUACAAUUGUUUGCUUUGGUGGCAUUGUUUUAGUUGGAGUUUUAUUAUUAAAUGUUUUAAGUAGAGCAUUUUUUUCCGAUCAUGUAGAUGUAGAUAUAAAAUUAAAUGAAAUUCACAGAUUUAAUACCCAACGUAAUUUCGAAUAUUCAUUCAUUUCAAUUGAUUUAGACGCAAAUUUAGAGCCAUUAUUUAAUUGGAAUACAAAGAUGUUAUUCCUUUAUGUUACAGCAGAAUAUAGGACUAAACAAAAUGUAUUAUCUCAAGUUGUCGUGUGGGAUCAUAUUCUCACUGAAAAAUCAAAAGCAAAUAUUCAUGAAAAGCGUCUUUCAAAAUACCCAAUCAUAAAUCAAGGCUUAGGUUUAAAAAAUAAUACAAUUAAGCUCACUUUCAAUUAUAAUGUUGUACCAAUAUCAGGAAUUUUAACAAGACAUCAAGUAGGUACGAGUGAAUUUAAAUUCCCAACAACCUACAUGAAAGAGGCUUAUUAA